AAAACCAAAUACAAAUUUCAAUUUUCUGAUCCUUCAAUAAAUGAUUAUAAACACUUGUUCCCAGGCUCUCCUUCAGCUGACAAUUUCACAAAGAGAAAUAAUGAAACGAAUAGAUAUCCUCUUGGUCACAUGACAAGAACCUCUAAUGAAUUGAAACAUUUGUUUCCAGAUGAUUCUUCAACUGAUGAUCCCACAAAGAGAAAUGAUGAAAUGAAUAAAUAUCCAUCUUCAGAGCCUCCAUACAGCUCUCUUGGUCACACAACAAAACCAUCUAGUGACUUGUUUUCAGAUUUUCCUUCAGCUGAUGAUUCCACAAAGAGAAAUAAUGAAACAGAUAAACAUCCUCUUGGUCACACAACAAGAACCUCUAAUGAAUUGAAACACUUGUUUCCAGAUGAUUCUUCAACUGAUGAUCCUUUAAAGAAAAAGGUUGAAACAAAUAGAGAUUCAUUUUCAAAACCUCAAAACAAAAAUUCUUCAAAAAGCAAAUCAUCAAAUUGUCAUUCAACACAAUCACUGUCAUCAUCAACAUUUGCUGGUGACAACAACCAAUUCAGUUUCUCAGAUAUUGAUGGAUUAGCCGAUAAUAAUAGUGCUGAGAACUCUAAUGACAAAGAAGACAACAAUUCUGAAGAUGAUGGUAGCAAUGGUGACA